AUGUCUAAGACGCCCUCUCGUACACUUAGCAGACGUACUAGAUUUAGAUCCGAUAAACCCAAAGAGGGUAUCAUCUGGACGAAAGGUAUGAGACUUGGUCCAGGAGCACCACAUGAUCCCGUUUUCAUGCGUAGAAUUCUAGAUUCGGACAGAAAAGAGGGGGCUGGAACGAUAGAGGAUCCAAAAGUCAUUUGGCUUGUCCCCGUUUCUCAUACCAAGAACGUAAGAAUGCUCCAAGAGGUUGAAGCAGUUAUUAGGAACCAGACGAAGGAGUUUGGCUUAAGUUAUGCUUGGAUUGCGUCCACUGUCCACGAUACUAGCACUAUCCGUUGGACAGGAGAUAAACGGGUCGUAGGACCUGACGACAGUCAUGUUACCUUGAGAAUAGGAUCAUCAGCGAAUACGUGUAAUUUACAUGGUCAUAUAUACUUAAUUUCUAGAGACAACGGCCUAGAGAUCGGAAUGAUGCCAGAAGGUGAAAGAGGUGUUGAAGGAGGUAAGAACCCCCAGUUGUGGAUUUGGGGACCGUACCCUCGGGGUUGGCCCAGAGCCAAGAUUCAGUAUCCGGAAUGGCCAUGGGUGAUCAAGCCUGGUUCAAUAUUAUACCUACGGGAAGCUGCCAAGCCUAAUAAAGACGAGAGGAAGGUUUUUGAAGAAUCUCAGGCCCAUGCAUCGAUUUAG